GGCAUACCCCGCUACCAGGCAUAGGAACAGUUUUUGCUAACCACCAAAGAUGAUGACAAGUAUACUUUCCUUAUUGGGAUUCUCCAAAUCCUUCAGUGUCACAGAGCUCCUAGUGGUUUCUGUUACCUUCUGCCUGGUCUUCUGGAUCAUUGGCUCUUACCAUCAAAGGGUCCCCAAGGGAUUCAAAAGCCCACCUGGGCCCUGGGCUUGGCCUCUGAUUGGCAAUGUAUUGACCCUGGGGAAGAAUCCCCACUUGGUCCUGGCCCAAAUGAGAGAGAAGUAUGGGGAUGUGAUGCAGAUUCAGAUUGGCUCCACCCCAGUGCUCGUGCUGAGUGGUUUGGAAACUGUUCGGCAUGCCCUGGUGAAGCAAGGGGAUGACUUCAAGGGCCGGCCUGACCUCUACAGCUUCUCCUUAGUCCUGGAUGGAGAGUCCUUGGCUUUUGGACCUGACUCAGGGGAGGUAUGGGCCGCUCGAAGGAAGCUGACCCAGAAUGCUCUGAAGGCCUUCUCCAUUUCCUCUUCCUCAUCUUCUUCCUUUUGCUACCUGGAGGAGCAUGUGAGCAAGGAGGCUGAAUACUUGAUCCAGAAGUUCCAGGAGCAGAAGGGACACUUUGACCCCACUGAGUACAUAGUGGUGUCCGUGGCCAAUGUCAUCUGUGCCAUCUGCUUUGGAAAGCGCUACGACCAUGAUGACCAAGAGUUACUUAGUAUUGUCCACCUGAGCAAUAAAUUUGGUGAGGUCACCGCCUCUGGGAAUCCAGUUGAUUUCAUCCCUAUACUCCAAUACCUUCCCAGCAGCACGAUGACAGCCUUCCGGGAUCUGAAUGAAAAAAUCGUUAACUUCACACAAAAACUGGUGAAAGAACAUUACAAGAAGUUUGAGAAGGGUUGCAUCCGGGAUAUCACAGACAGCCUAAUUGAACACUGCCAAGAAAAGAAGUUGGAUGAGAAUGCCAACAUCAUCCUGUCAGAAAAGAAGAUUGUCAACGUUGUCAUAGACCUUUUUGGAGCCGGUUUCGACACUGUCACCACAGCCCUUUCCUGGGGUCUCAUGUACCUUGUAGCAAAGCCUGAGGUCCAGAAGAAGAUUCAGGAGGAGCUGGACAUGGUGAUUGGCAGAGAACGGUUGCCCCACCUCUCAGACAGAACUCAGCUCCCCUACAUGGAGGCCUUCAUCCUCGAAACCUUCAGGCAUUCUUCCUUCCUCCCCUUCACCAUUCCCCACAGCACAACCAGAGCCAUAACCUUGAAUGGCUUCUACAUUCCCAAGGGACGAUGCGUCUUUGUGAAUCAAUGGCAGAUUAACCAUGACCAGAAAAUAUGGGGAGACCCAUCAGUGUUCCGACCAGAGAGAUUCCUCAAUGUAGACGGAACUAUCAACAAGGCCCUGAGUGAGAAGGUGAUUAUGUUUGGCCUGGGGAAAAGAAGGUGCAUUGGGGAGACCAUUGCCCGGUGGGAAGUAUUCCUUUUCCUGUCCAUCCUACUGCAUCAGUUGGAGUUCAGUGUCCCUUCUGGAGUGAAAGUGGACUUGACCCCUGUCUAUGGGUUGGCAAUGAAGCACACCCCCUGUCAGCAUUUCCAGACAAAGUUGCGCUCUUAG